AUGGUAGCAAAUACAAGCAUGCGCUUAAACCAGGUGGCCCCGGUUCCCAUUCAGCUUGAAGACCAUGGUCCAAAUCAGUUGGAACCCACUCAUAUUAGCGAUGUUCUUGUUGGUGAACAUCACACCAUAAAAGGAGAAAAUGGCCAAUCUUACGUUGUUUGGGCCAUACGAAUCAUUGUGAACGACUCCAUCUACCUGUCCAUAGUGUUGUACAAGCGGUACCGAGAAAUGGAAGCAUUUCGAAACAAAUUACUUGACGAAUUUGGCAACGAAAUCCCACCCUUACCUCCCAAAGAUUCCAUGAGUUUACAGAAACUAACUAAUCCUUUAGCGUGGCUCGAGGAGCGCCGCAAGGGACUACAAUGGUUUAUGACAAAUGUAUUGUUGAAUCCACGAUGGCAGCGGUCUACAGUGGUUCGAGAAUUUGUACUAGGCUAA